GGGGAGUAUAUAGAGGAACACAGGGGUCUGUACAAGGACGUGAUGAUGGAGAAUCACCGGCCCCUCACAUCACUGGGUAAGAGAAGACUGUCAUGUAUUGUACAGGGGAGAGCAGAUGGACCCAGUAACAGAGAUACCCCGGAGAGAUGUCCCCAUCCUCUGUAUUCCGAGGAUUGUACAGAGGAGAAUCACAGGAUCCCACAGGAGGAUCAGGUAGAACGUCUAUCUGAUAUUAAAACAGAAGAUACAGAGGGAGAAGAAGAGACGUAUGUGACUGAUAUAAAGGCAGAAGAUACAGAGGGAGAAGAAGAGACGCAUGUGACUGAUAUGAAGGCAGAAGAUAUAGAGGGAGAAGAAGAGACGUAUGUGACUGAUAUAAAGGCAGAAGAUACAGAGGGAGAAGAAGAGAUGUAUGUGACUGAUAUGAAGGCAGAAGAUAUAGAGGGAGAAGAAGAGACGUAUGUGACUGAUAUAAAGGCAGAAGAUAUAGAGGGAGAAGAAGAGACGUAUGUGACUGAUAUAAAGGCAGAAGAUAUAGAGGGAGAAGAAGAGACGCAUGUGACUGAUAUGAAGGCAGAAGAUAUAGAGGGAGAAGAAGAGACGUAUGUGACUGAUAUAAAGGCAGAAGAUACAGAGGGAGAAGAAGAGACGUAUGUGACUGAUAUAAAGGCAGAAGUUAUAGAGGGAGAAGAAGAGACGUAUGUGACUGAUAUAAAGGCAGAAGAUAUAGAGGGAGAAGAAGAGACGCAUGUGACUGAUAUGAAGGCAGAAGAUAUAGAGGGAGAAGAAGAGACGUAUGUGACUGAUAUAAAGGCAGAAGAUACAGAGGGAGAAGAAGAGACGUAUGUGAGGGGUGAUCAGCAGUGUAAGGAGGAGGAGAUCCCUACAGAUAUCAGCACAGCAGAUGGACACACAAGCAGGAAUAUCUCAGAAGGACAUCUAAUGUUAUCCCCGGAUUGUGACAUAAAAGAUAAUGACAGUAGACAGGAUUCUCCAGGAGAUAACCCCAUUACCCCAAUUAUACAUCCAGCUCUAUCAGCUGAUCCCUCUGAUCCUGGGAAAUGUUCUCCUGAUCACUCUGAUAUUGGUGCAUCUGUUACAGCUCUGACAGUAGAUACAGUGUUUCCCUGUUCUGUAGAUGCCAAAUGUUUUACACAGAACACAAAGAUAAUUAAGCAACAGACAGGUAAGUCAGGUGAGAGGACACUGAUAUGCUCUGAGUGUGGGAAAUGUUUUGCAUGGAAAUCACAUCUUGUUAAACAUCACGUAAGUCACACAGGUGAGAAGUCAUUUCCAUGCUCUGAGUGUGGGAAAUGUUUUGCACGGAAAUCACAUCUUGUUAUACAUCAGAAAAGUCACACAGGUGAGAAGCCAUUUUUUUGCUCUGAGUGUGGGAAAUGUUUUGCACAGAAAUCACAUCUUAUUAAUCAUGAGAGAAGUCACACAGGUGAGAGGCCAUUCUCUUGCUCUGAGUGUGGGAAAUGUUUUGCACUCAAAUCAGAUCUUGUUAGACAUCAGAGAAGUCACACAGGUGAGAAGCCAUUUUCUUGCUCUGAGUGUGGGAAAUGUUUUGCACGGAAAUCACAUCUUGUUAUACAUCAGAAAAGUCACACAGGUGAGAAGCCAUUUUCUUGCUCUGAGUGUGGGAAAUGUUUUACACGGAAAUCAGUUCUUUUUAGACAUCGGCAAACUCACACAGGUGAGAAUCUAUUUCCAUGUUCGGAGUGUGGGAAAUGUUUUGCACUCAUAUCCAAUCUUGUUAGACAUCAAAGAAGUCACACAGGUGAGAAGCCAUUUUCUUGCUCGGAGUGUGGGAAAUGUUUUGCACAGAAAUCACAUCUUAUUAAUCAUGAGAGAAGUCACACAGGUGAGAGGCCAUUUUCUUGCUCUGAGUGUGGGAAAUGUUUUGCACUCAAAUCAGAUCUUGUUAGACAUCAGAGAAGUCACACAGGUGAGAAGCCGUUUUCUUGCUCUGAGUGUGGGAAAUGUUUUGCACACAAAUCAGAUCUUGUUAGACAUCAGAGAAGUCACACAGGUGAGAAGCCAUUUUCUUGCUCUGAGUGUGGGAAAUGUUUUACACGGAAAUUAGUUCUUUUUAGACAUCAGCAAACUCACACAGGUGAGAAUCUAUUUCCAUGUUCUGAGUGCGGGAAAUUUUUUGCACAGAAAUCACAUCUUGUUACACAUCAGAGAAGUCACACAGGUGAGAAGCCAUUUUAUUGCUCUGAGUGUGGGAAAUGUUUUACCCAGAAAUCAAGUCUUAUUAUACAUCAGAGAAGUCACACAGGUGAGAAGCCAUUUCCAUACUCUGAGAAAUAAAUCAGCUCUUGUUGCACACAAUAGAUAUCACUCAGGUGAGGAACCAUUUUAAUCUUCUGGAGUAUACUUAUCAUUGCCAUGCGUUGUUCUUCAAGGUUCUUAUCAUAUCUCCUAUGCUUUUUGCAAUAUACAUACUACUGGUGGGUGAAAUAAUCUUCACACCACGUACAGCAAUAUAUGCUUUAUGGCAGGCAUGUCCAAACUGCGGCCCUCCAGCUGUUGAGAAACUACACAUCCCAGCAUGCCCUGACACAGCUUUAGCAUUCUC